AUUUGCCAUUCAUGUGUAUAGUAUGGGGUUUAUGACUUAUGACAUAUAUGACAAGCCCUUUUAUUAACAUUGAAAGUUUGACUAUCAGGAAUUACCGUUACAGAUAUCUGUAACGUCAUUUUAACUAAACUACAGACAUCUGAAAUUCAGUUUUUACUAGUCAGAACGACGUCACUUUUGCCAUUCAUGUUUAUGGGGUUUGUCAUAGAUAUCUGUAGAUAGCCAUUAUGACCAGUCAUAAUUCAAGUUCGAGAUAUCUCUAAUUAUCCACAGAAUUGAGUUGUAGAUAUCUCAAACUUGAACCCCGUACACAUGAAUGGCGAAAGUCAUUCUGACUAGUAAAAAAUUUGAAUCUGAAACUGUAGUUUGACGUCACAUAUACUAAGUUAUUAUACUAGUUACAAAAUAUCCAGAGGACCCGUACGUAAAAAUAAAAAAUGACCGAAACUGAUAAACUGACUUCCACUAAUAACCUGCCCUUCUGUUUACGAUGACGUAGGCGGAAGUAGCUCGUUUGUUAACACUAGCCGAGUGAUAUAGUGUACUUUUCGUGAUAUCCUCUGAUUUUUAUGUCCUUCCCUCCAUUAACAAGAGUUUAUUUUAUUUCUGCUGCAGAUGAAGGUGAUCCAACAUUCUGCAGAAACCCUGCACACAGCUCUGCUCUCUGAUCGCCAGGACUUAGUCAAACUUUACAGGAAAUACACGGAACAGGAGCAACGUCUUCUGGAGGAAGGAUUUCAUGCUGGACAGCCGGGUUCUCUAUUCCAACUCAUCACAGUUCACUCUGAUUCGGACUGGAUCCCAUCUCACCGUGAGGAGCCUCAGGACUUCAAGAGCUUCUACACAGAUCCUUACAGAAAGAGUCCGGACGCAGGACACAACACUGUUUAUAUACAAACCAUAGGUCCUUUUGGAGAGACGGGAGUGCAGACAGACCAGUAUGUGGAGUGGCUCAGAAAAUACUGCCAGGCUUUCUUCACGGGACUCUCUGUCAGGUUGAUGCCACCGGUUACCAUCGCCGAAACACAAUGCUGUUUCCGAGUCAACAGCGACUCUCACAACCUGCAGAUCCUCACCGGUGAUCUGCUACGAUUUCUGGGUGACAGAAAACCCAAAGAUGCUUUCUGCAUUGUUGGGAUAACGAUGAUUGACUUGUAUCCCAAAGACUCGUGGAACUUUGUCUUUGGACAGGCUUCUCUCAGUCAGGGAAUGGGUGUUUUCAGCUUCGCCCGGUACGACGACAACUUCUACAGCAGAAACUACGCAGGCAGACUGAAAGCACACGUUAAGCCUAAACAGGGAGAUUAUUUCGUGUUUGACGGAUAUUACACUCCUCCCAUCUCCAGCUCUCUGCUGCUGCGAUCAUGCAAGACAAUGACACAUGAGAUUGGCCACAUGUUUGGAAUCAGACAUUGCCAGUGGUUGAACUGUGUCAUGCAGGGAUCCAAUCACCUGGAGGAGUCUGAUCGCAGGCCUCUGGAUUUCUGUCCCGUCUGCCUACGCAAGCUGCAGGUGUCAGUCGGGUUCAACAUCGCCCAACGAUACAAGGCUUUGCUGCACUGGAUGGAGGACGACAAACCGACUGCCACACCACACGAAGCCUCUGCCUCUCUGCGUCCACUCCACUUACCCAAACCCACUGAAGCUUUUCAUGAUUCUAAACUUUGGCUCCACAGGUGCCUCGACAUACUGGAAAAUAGAGGAGUCUGACUUUUUGUGCACCACAGCAGGUGUGUGAGAGAAUUUUAUGGUCUUUUUAAAAGGUGUCAAAUCCAGUGUUAGACAGUAAAAUUACCCAGUAAUGAGUAGUAUAAUGGGAUUUCUAUUUAUUUUUUUAUUUAUUUCAUUUUUUUAAAACAACAUUAAUAUAAGGAUUUACUGUGUCACCAGAUUUCUUUUUUACAUCAUAACCGGUCCCAUUCGAAGAAAUAAGUUGAUAUAUGAUUCAGUAUUUCCUUCCACCAGUAAGUGGUGCUUGGCAUGAGCUUCAUGAUUAGAACACACACAAAAACGACAGAACAGUAAAUAAAAGUAAACAUUUAUUCCAGUUAUUCCAGUGUCUAUGGAUUCUGAAGUUGGUGUAGGAAUUAUGAAAUUAUAAAAUUACAGUGAGACAGAUCCUGCUGUUCAAUUGUAACGUACUGGAGCACUUUAAUUUACACACACACGUGUGUCAAACAACCCUCUGCACCUCCACCAACGUUGUGUUUGUGUGUGUGUUUGCGAGCAGCUCGAUUUAAAAAAUACAGAUAACAACCUUGGCUGAGGUGAGGAUUCACCGUCCAUACAAAAACAAUUAGUGUGACCUUUCGUAUCAAAACAGUAGUGCAUUUUCAACUCAACAUUAUUCAAAAGAAAGUCAAAAGUCAAAAAAAUAAACACUUAAUCACAUAAUUCCUGAGCUUCAUGUAUUUAAGCUAUGACACACGUGUCAUAGAAUUUGUGCGCAUUGUUUUGAUGCUUCAUUUGCUUGUAAGAAACUAAAAAAUAUUAAAUGUUUAUUUCUUUUUCUUUUAUAUCUUCACUGCCUGCUACAUGAGGUCUCCCAUGAACGGUGGGCCUUUGUUUGAUUUAAAUAAAAAGCUUAAAUUAAUCACCAGCAUGUAAGAUAUAAAAACUGAUGCAUUUUUCUCUUUAGAAAUUACAGUACAGGUCCGCGUUCCAUACAUUCCACUAAUAUUUGUCACCACUGUCCAUUAAAACAAGAUCAUAUCAGAAGCUUAGUGAAUCAAAGCUAAUUUGUAACUGUUAAAAACACUGAGGUACAAUCAGGUAUAUAAGGCAUUGUUGUUUCUUCAAGAAUAACCACAAUAAAACCAGAUCUUCAAAGGCU